AUGGACAACUUGAACUCCUUCGAAGAUCUCGACUAUGAAUACACUCACAACAUCAAGUUGGAUUCCGCCAUCCCGCCCCCUUAUGACCGGACUUUGAAUGUCUGUUGGUCCCGCCUCCCCCACGGCUUCAAGGAGGGAGAGGGCGACGUUGUUGCGGCCUUGCCCAAAGACACCUGCACCACGACUCAACUACCUCUACCUCCAAGGACUAGUUCUACUUGCCAUCAGGAUCCCUCCGAAUCUUCACGAAAAGCUGGCCACUGGGGCUACUCUAGCCUGCCCGCCGAUGUUUCCCUUGAGAUCUGCCGCUACAUCGUCCAACAGCACUCCACUGACAAGCCGAUCCGCCUCAGCAGGUGGUCUGUCUACACUGGCCUAUAUCCCGUCAAAAAGGACUCCUCACUCGUCCAGGGCUCGGAACGGGAAAUCUGGGAAAGUGACUUCUUCGAGGACCAUGACCAAGCAUUGCGUCCUCUUAUUCCUUACCUCCAAGUCAAUCGUCGCUUUAGGGCCGAACUCGUAGCUGUCGCUCUCCUCAAUAGUCGGUACCAUCUUGUCGUUACUCCCUUUGGGCUUACCACAGACAUGCCAUGGCUUGCCAAGUGUGGCCGAUUUUUAAAUGACAUCACCAUGGAAUUUGAUUGCACCAGAUUCUAUGGUGGCAAGCCCAGAACAAGAGAAAAAAUCGAAGCUGCUAUACACUCUGGCGUGUUCAAUGAGCAACAACUGAAAACAGCAUUGGCGCCUGGCAAAGAUGCCCUAGAGUCCGUGAAGCACUACAAAUGCGAAUUAAUCGACGUGUUGAAGUUGCUUACAUGCGGUCGGAAAUACCCUAUCGACCGCUUGACUAUCAUGGUCAGAAAGUAUUGGGGAUCGCGGGAGAGCAUGCCGCAAGGGUACCCCUACUUUGAUCCGACAUGGCUCAACUUUCUCCUGGCCAUUCCCAGCGUGCUGCAGUCCAAUGUCCUGAACCUGGAGACAAUCGGCGUGCCUCCAAGGCUUUUAGGCUUGAUAAUCACCAAAUUCUGGGGAGAGGCAAAACCUCCAACCGAGGAUGCUCAGAAGCCACAUUUUACAUGGAGUCCCUCUCCGUCCACCCUCUGGCCCGAGAUUCCGGGGCAGUCCGCAGCCAUUUCUAUACGCGGCUCCGUCGACCUGACCGCCGAUUACCUCCUCAGGCUUGAUAGCCCAGGCGAAGUUGCGAUCCACACCUUUUCAAGCCGGGAAGCAGAGAAAGAGCAGCAGUCUGCCAAGAAAAGACAGAAGUCAAGACGCAAGAAAGUCAAAAAGUCUUCCACUCUUCCCAGUUUGAAACCAGAAAUAGAACCAGAACCCGUCGCAGGACACGAGGAACAACAACCAGGAGAACAGGCGCACUUCCAAUCGCCUUCUCGGCUCUCGGACAGCUCACCCGCAGAUGUGAAACCGGGUUCAUCACUUCAAAUGGAAUCCAGAGCAGCAAAAGCCUUGGGUACGUUUGACUCAUCGGGUAUGGCAAGGUUCUGGAACGAGCGAAAGAAGACAGAGCCGGAUGAGGUAUCGAUGUCCUCGCCCGAAAAGAAAGCUCUCCACAUGCGGCGGGCACAGGAAAAGUUUGCGGAGCUGUCGAAGUUGCUGGAGGCGGCGUCUCCAAAGGCACCUCCGGGUUCCUCUGAACGUUCAACCGUUGUUGCCGGUGCAGGUGUUCCAAGGACAGGAACUGGGCCAGAGGUACCCCGGGCCACUCUAGCUGGUGGUUUUGUUCCCCUUUUGUCACCUGUCUCUCAACCUGCGACACGGCAGCAGCCGCCCUCCCAAGUACAUGUACCACCUGAUCCUUCUGCUGUGCCUAUCCCAAUGACUGAUGGAAAGUGGAUGAGGCUUACGGAUGAGGACAGCAGGCCCAGCAGGGCCGGUUCUACUGCUCAAAGCGGGAAUGGCGCUGGAGACCUGACGGACUCUAGGGACUGUGCCGACACAAAACCAGGGGAUAAAGAUGUCUUGGGUAUCGAGGAGUGCACCCGGGCUAAAAACAAGAGGAAGAAGAGGGGGAAUGGGAAACACGCCCAUUCACAGGCUCAGCACGAGACAUCACAUGCCGACAAGGUCGAAGCGUCGUUGAAAAGUCUCAAGGAUGAAUGGUCCGCCACAUUGGGGGAAUCCUCAAAGAUGAAGCAAGAUAAGAAGAAAGAGGAAAGCGCUUCUGGUCUAGAACUAGGCUGUUCGAGCAAAAAGGCUGAGAACAAGAAGGCCGGCGACAAUGAGUGUGAGAAGUCUGAGGGUACUCUUACCUCUGCCUCUGGCUCGGAGGAGGCUAAGAGUAAGGCUGGACUACCACAAUCAUCACAAACGGCACAGGUUUCUCCUCCACCACCUUCAGAUCUACACAUUGCUGGCUCAUGUUUGGGCAACUCGGGGAAUAUGGAGAGUGGGGAGAGACCCGGAUCGCAAUCACCUCCCGAGCUACAGUUACCUCUAUCUUCAGAAGCUUCAAUACCUCUGCCAACACCAUGGCUGUCAAUGGAGGUGCCAAAGGAAGGAAUACCGAACGCAUCCGAUGAAGAUGUAAAGGCUGGAGAGGAAGCUAAAGAGAAUAAAUCCAGCUUUCCCAGCCAAGACACUCAGGUUGGAGGUAUCGCCAGUUCAAAAGCAGGAAACUCCAAGGAAAAAGGUAAAGGACGGUGGAGUGGAAGCCUGAAGCCGGUCGGUGAGGACAAGAAAGUCGAGAGAAAGUCCGCAUCACGACCGCAACCACCUUUGCCCCGGUCCGAAACGCAGACUGUCCAGGUGCGAGAACCGAUCAAUCAGUGUCAGAGGCCAAAUUAUCCACAUGUGAGCACAAAAGGGUUCAAACAACGACCGCAAGGACAGCCACAACGCCAACAACCGCAUUUCCACCCGAAAGGACUUUCAACAUCUGCUUCAAACCUGCCGCCUUCUCAGCAACCUUUCUUGAAUGGGCCGGAAGCAUCAGCGUUAUAUCACCGCGAUCAAAAUCAUAGAAUGGACACGCUUGAUAUGCUACGCACGAUGGCUCAAGUCCAACCAAUGUCUCAGGCACCAUCAAUACCUCCAUUCCAGGCACCAUCGAUAUUCCAGGGCCAAGUGCCUGUGAUACAUCCUAUGUAUCCGGCAUCUCAGGUGCCAAUAACGCCUCAGGUGCCGCCAGUACCCCGGAUACCGCCAUCAUCCCUUUACUCCCAGGCGCCCAUGACACACCAGGUUCCACCCAUGUCCCAGGUUCAGUUUCGAUCGAUGCCGCAGAUGCAACCGUUCAUUCACAACCCCUACUAUUCCCAGGUACCAACAACAACAAUGUCUCAGGUACCACCGAUUCCGCUGGCGCUUUCUUCACAACAAACAAACGGUAUCAGUAAUGGCCUCAUACAAUGCCGAGUCCCCAUACCAGCACAAGCACCAAACUCAAACGCCGAACGACCACACCGGCAACGGUCCACUACGGCUGGUGAUUGUACACGUUCCGCAACGGGGGUAUAUGAUGAUGAUGAUGAUGACGGCCAAGGAAAGGGAUAUCCGACGUCUUUCGGAAAGGGGGAUACUAGUGUCUAUGCUCCUGCCUCUGGGCGUCUGAACGGCUUGGAUGGUCCGGGUGAGGAGACGGCCAAGGAAGAGGGAAAGGGAAAGGAGGUUGAGAACAAGCCCGAGUUUCAGUAG